AAGGCGAGGAGAGAGAGAGCAGUAGGCUGGACGCUGGAGUCGCACUGAUUGCUUCAAUCUGAUAGUUGCAAACGGAAAAUCAGAUGGACUUGGUGGAACUGUGGGCGAUCUUUGGUCCCGGCGUCGCAGGUGCGGUGUUCGGAGCUGGAUGGUGGUUCUGGGUCGACGCCGUUGUCUGCAGCUCCGUCAAAGUCUCCUUCGUCCACUAUCUCCCUGGUAUUUUUGCAUCUAUUGCGGCUUUGAUGUUCAAUUGUGUGAGAAAAGAGGAUAUUGAUUACUCUCCCUAUGAAGAAGGCGAAUGGAGAUUGAAGCUCUGGCUUUUCUUUGCUUAUGUUGUAGCCUUCGUCUCUCUGGCUGCUUCUGUGGGCCUAUUGAUACAAGACUCGCUGGUGAAAACUGGUCCUUCAGUUUGGACUGGAACUGCAGGUGUUUUGCAGUGUGUAUUUGUGUUGAUCAGUGGGUUGAUUUAUUGGACUUCGCACUCUGAAUAACAAGUUGAGUUGGUCAUUAAGUCUGCUGUUGGGCACUUGAAGUUAAUUUCGAGGGAGUCAUCCGCGCUUGUAACAUUUAUACAUAAAUUGAUGAGACAGAAAGCAGUUAAGUUUAUUGUAAAUGUCUGUAUCCUUCCAACAAUCUUGAGCACAUAUAUUUGAAUUCCUGACCUUUUUCCUAAAAUCAUUGAUUCUACAAAUAAUGACGCCUAAUUAAC